AUGGAGUACUUUGAUUUCGAUGAAGCUGCAUCUGGCUCCCACACACGGGAUGAUGAUAUGGCUUCAGACCAUAUCGAGAUUGAUGAAGGCGAUGCUAUCGAAACCCAUGAUUCUCUUCUCGGAGAUCAGUCGCUGGAGUUACUUAAUCCCCUCCCAGAGCAGGACGCUCUGGAGGCAGUCGUGGGCGAUUCUCCUCGUUUUAUCCCCGAGGGUAUCUACCCUAUGUGGCGUGCCAAAGAUCCCUGUGACUUUUGUAGAAACAUGGGGCUAGACUGUUUCAUUGCAAAGAGAGGAGUGAUGCAGAAGAAUGGCUGCACUUGCUGCAUCUCGCUUUAUCGAGAAUGUAGCUUCACUCACACGAUGCCGACGGGGAAGUUUUUGGACACAUUACAUCCAAUUUCCGAAAAUACUGAUAUCCCUACUGGAGGGUUGACGGGGAAGAAAGCGAUGAAGUCUCUUUCUGGAAUCGCCGAAGACGUCGAUGCGCGGGCGAGAAAAAGCACCUCACGUUUGUCGCGGGAGGCCGUUCGAAUCCUCAAGGCUUGGCUCAACGAACAUACCGAUCACCCGUAUCCUACUGAGCAAGAGAAAGACGAAUUGAAGUUGCGCACUGGCUUGAAACGAGUUCAGAUUACCAAUUGGCUUGCCAAUGCUAGGAGGCGUGGUAAAGUUCGUCCAGCACCGCGGAGCAGUUCUCCGGUUCCGGGUGCAAUCGAUAUUCCCAAACAAACAACGCUCGAUCACACCCUCAUGACACCCUUGGAGCGUUGGAAGUAUUCUCCCCCUGAAAACGAACCUGCUGCGACGUCUGAUAUUUUGCGAGCCCUGGUAAACACGUCUCUGGACUCCGUAAGUCAGGGGUCUUCCCAUUCCGGUCACGUGCGUUCCCAUUCUCGGAAGACUGGGUCUAGCAAUGACUCAAGCCAUGCCAACUCGAAUAUAUUCGAAGCAUCCUCAAUUGUCAGCAGUCAUGAGACUAGCCGUUCAGCCAGCCGCUCCUCUGUUUCUGAUCUUUCUUUUGCCUCUGCCUUUUCACACCGUUCCUCUCUUGGGUCCUUUGGCUCGAUGGACCGUAAAGAGCGCCGUCGCCGUCGCAAGCCCUCUACACCUUCGAAUACCUUUGCGCAACAGAAAUUUCCUCGAAUUUACCAGUGUACUUUCUGUGCAGACUCCUUCCAAACAAAGUAUGAUUGGCAGCGGCAUGAGAAGUCGUUGCACUUAGCCCUUGAGAAAUGGACAUGCUCACCUCAAGGGGGGGUGGCAUGCCUAAACGGUGCUAACCGUUGUGUAUUUUGUAUGGCUGUCGAUCCCGAUAAUGACCAUCUUGAAUCACACAAUUAUAGCGUCUGUGCAGAGAAGUCUCUUGCCGAACGAACGUUCUACCGCAAGGACCACCUCAACCAACAUCUUCGAUUGAUGCAUAACGUUAAAUUUGACGCAUCAAUGGACAAAUGGCGAAGCCACACCACAGAGAUCAUAUCCCGAUGUGGUUUCUGUGGUAUUACCCUAACGACGUGGAAGGGCCGAGCUGAUCACCUUGCUACUCACUUCAAGAAUGGUGCGGACAUGACAGAAUGGCAAGGUGACUGGGGUUUCGAACCUGUCGUGCAAAGCCUCGUCGAGAAUGCCAUGCCGCCAUAUCUUAUUGGCCAGGAGCGCACCACUUUAGAUCCUUUUAGACUUUCGGAUCGCCUCGGUCGAGCUUCGACUCUGAAUAAUCCCAGGGAUAUCAACUGCUUCGACCGCCUAAAACAUGAACUUACUGCGUAUAUCCAAGAUCAAAUGGCGAACGGCGUCACCCCGACGGAUCAAAUGAUCCAAGAUCAGGGUCGCCAAGUCAUCUAUGGAUCCGAUGACCCCUGGAACCAGACAUGUGCUGAUAGCCCUAUCUGGCUCGGCAUUCUUAAGCGGGAUACCGGGCUUGAGCCCGCCCCAGGGUCGGAACAUAUCCGAUUCUCCAAUCUGGGGAUGCAGCCCCCGUAUGCCUCGCUACAAGGGCUACGACGACCGCCGCGUUGUGCUCGGCCAGCCAUCAAUCCCAGCUUAAGCUUCCAGAGUCCCGCUAUAUCAGGGACUGGCCAAUCUUCGGCUGGUCCCAGCGUGCCUGGAAGCGCAACCGGCAGCUAUGCGGGCAGUAUUGGGGUGCUUCCCUCAGCGCAACAUUCUUCUACCUUAUCAACCGACUGGGGAAAUAGCUUAUCUGCUGAGGUCUCAUCUUUCUCGACCCCCCUGAGCGGUUCGCUCGAUCCAUUUGUACAAAUGGGCUUUGACCCUGAGUUUCUGCAACAAUUAAACAACCAAUACGAUGACGAGGUACCGCUGGAUAGCCUGCAAGGGUUGAGCUUUGGUGUAGACGAUGGCCCUGGAGGCGGGUUUGGUGCGGAGCUGAGUCCAGGUGACCUCACACAUCUUCUAGACGGUGUGAGUGGAGCUCUGACUUCCCCGAUUCCUAUUCCUACAACGAAGCAACCCGAAUGUUCGAUGGCAGAUGCCGUGUCACAUCCGGAUCUUCGAUAUCCGGGUUAG